AUAGCGCGGGAAAUAUAAGCGCAAACUUUCCCGCAACGCAGCGACAGUAAACAAUAGAAUUUACCGUUUCUUGCCACGUUUGAAGAUGUUGAGCGUGAAAAGCCUCUCUGUUGAAAAUGUGCAACCAACACAGAAAAGGCAGCCAAGAGCUAAGAAGCCAUACACUGUUGCAGUAGAAGGAAAUAUAGGAAGUGGAAAAUCUACAUGUCUGGAGUAUUUCAGGAAGCAGAAACAGGUUGAGGUAAUCCCAGAGCCAGUAUUUAAAUGGAAGGAUGUGAAAGGAUACAACACGUUGGAACUGAUGUAUAAAGAUGCUUCACGCUGGAGUUUAGCUUUCCAAUCAUACGUGCAACUUACCAUGGCUGAAGUUCAUAGGAAAGAAACGGAUUGUCCCGUGAAGAUGAUAGAGAGAUCACUGUAUAGUGCCAGAUACUGCUUUGUGGAGAACUUGUUUAAAGGAGGGUUAAUGCCAGAUGUUGACUACGCCAUUCUGUCAGAGUGGUACAACUGGAUACAGGAGAAUGAAGACAUGCAUAUUGAUCUGAUAGUUUACCUCCAAGCUAAACCUGAAACUUGUCAGGAACGAAUUAAGAUGCGUAACAGACAUGAAGAACAAAGUGUACCAUUAGAGUAUUUACAGUCAUUAACUAAUCUUCAUGAAGACUGGUUGAUAAAGGGGACAAAGUUCAAGGCACCUUGUCCAGUACUGGUUAUAAACACAGAUUGUGGGUUACAAGAAAUGUAUAGAAAAUUUGAUCUGCACAGAGAUGAAAUCCUGCAAAUAAAUAAAGAAAACUAGAACUAGUGCUAUAUCUUGCAGUAGUAUACAUGACACUUACACUAAAGGGUAUUGUAAGCCGGAAGAAGAAAUGUGACUGACAGAAGAAACUUUUGACAGAAAGAGGGAAUUUUAACAGAGUGCAGAUGAUGAGUCAUUGUUUUAAUGUUAUAGAUGAUCUCAGCUAACAUGAAGGGAAUGUUGUUCUUGUAAUUGUUAAGAAAUUUCUAUGUUUUUAAAUUAUAAAAUGAAUUGGUGUAUGUUUUAAAAGCAUUGUGUUAGAUUUUAAAACUCAUUUUUACAGGCAUAUGUCAUCAUAUUACCAGACCUCUAUUUUAUUUUUAAAAUACUUAAAACAUUUUUCUUUUAUUGCAAUAUUUUUUAUUUGUGUACCUUAAAAACCAUUUGAAGAUGUAUUAAGAUGCAUUUUGUUUAACACAACUAGUUGAUUGCAUUCUAAUUUCUUUUUUCUUAUGACAAAAAAGUCAGCAUAUUUAUUCAUUUUAUUUAAUAGAUUUAAAACAAUUUUGAUUAAGUAUUUUAUUUCUUAGAUAAAAUCUGGAAAUGCUUCAUUGAAAUUUUGGUGCUGUUUAUGUUUGGAAAUAUUAACAUACAAGUAAUUAAAUAUUCAUUGUUAAUUUUUUAAUUAUAUAUAUAUAUAUAUAUAUAUAUAUAUAUAUAAAAGAAUGCUUUGAAGUACUGUCAAAUCAUGACAUUUAAUUAAAACAGAUUGUGCUUUGACUAACUGAAACUGCGUUGUUUAUAUUCAGGAUUUUGUUCAGACACCAUUUUGUGUUCAGUACGAUUGUUUACAAUACCAUUGUGUUCAGACACCAUUUUGUGUUAGUACAAUUGUGUGUGAACAGACACCAUUUUGUGUUCAAUACGAUUGUUUCAGUACAAAUGUGUACAAUAUGAUUGUGUUCAAUAAGAUUGUUUCCAGUGUGAAUAUGUUUAGACACCAUUUCGUGUCCAGUACAAUUGUGUUAAAGUGUAAUUGUCUCAAUACCAUAUUGUUUUCAGUUUGAAUUUGUUCAAAUGACAAACUCGACAU